GAUCGAACAGCUUCCGGUUGUCGACGUAUCAUGCCGGAAGGUUUAGCUGCUCUGCUGACACGUAGCAGCCGCAAUCAAGUUGGCACCGCUCUCGUCAGAAUAGUCAAACGUCACAGGCGGAGAGAUGUCGGGGUUUGACAACUUCAAUACAGACUUUUACCAGUCAAGCUACAGUGUAGAUGACCAAAACCAGGCCAGCCAAGGCUACAGCAACACUGAAAACCCCUACAACAAGCCGUACGGUCAGUAUGAUUACUCCCAGCCCAUGGGUUAUGCUGCCCCAGGCGUGAUGCAGCCUCAGCAGCCAUACACAGGACAGAUCUUUCAGCCCACACAGACCUACACGCCAUCUCCAUCACAGUCAAUGUAUGGUAGCAGCUUUGAUGAUGAACCACCGCUGCUAGAAGAACUAGGAAUCAACUUUGACCACAUCUGGCAGAAGACUCUGACAGUGCUCCAUCCACUGAAAGUAGCAGAUGGCAGCAUCAUGAAUGAGACUGACCUGGCCGGCCCCAUAAUCUUCUGUUUGGCCUUUGGAGCGACACUCCUUCUGUCAGGUAAAAUCCAGUUUGGAUAUGUAUACGGCAUCAGUGCAAUCGGCUGCCUCGGCAUGUACUGUCUACUCAACCUGAUGAGUAUGACUGGCGUCUCCUUUGGCUGUGUGGCCAGCGUGCUGGGUUACUGCCUCCUCCCCAUGAUCCUCCUCUCCAGCUUCGGAGUCCUCCUCUCUUUACAGGGCAUGAUAGGAAUUAUACUAACGGCAGCGAUCAUUGGCUGGUGCAGCUUCUCAGCCUCAAAGAUCUUCAUCUCGGCAUUGGCCAUGGAUGGGCAGCAGCUGCUGGUGGCCUAUCCCUGCGCUCUUCUAUAUGGGGUCUUUGCACUCAUCUCUGUCUUCUAAAAAGAAAAAACACGACAGUUUAAAAAUAACUGCCCUCCAUUACAGAAAAAUAGGAGCCGUCAUCUUAAAUGGCAGCAAGUUUUUUUUUCUUUUUUAAGCCUCCACCUCUCACAAUGGUCCAGAUUAACCAUCUGAAGGCUGGAGUGUGUCGUCUCACCUGUGCUUACUUGUCCACCUUGUUCCUCUCAUGCAUCAUAAAGGAGAGGACUGUCGAUAAACCUGGUGAGAAAAAAACAACAACUCUCCUUUGGACUACAUUGGGCCUUAAACAGCCUCUUACUGUUCAGUUAUUUUAAGGACAUGAAGGAGAAGGAAUAGAGCUUCCCACAUUGGAAACAGAUAUAUUUAAGUUCAGCACAGAUCUGACAACGCUCUCAGUUUCCGACAAGAACCGAUGACAACACCCCCCGCCCCGCCCCGUCCCCACCCAGCAAUUUGAUGCCAGUGGAAACACCGUGUGUAACAAAAGCUUUUGUGAACCAUUUCUGGCCGGGAUCCAUAGAUUCUACAACUGCAAGACUUAAGGGAAGGACCCACUUCCGUCACGCACAAGACUACAGCAGCUUGCUCUUGCAGCUUUGUCUUCUUCCACUUAUUCCUCCAGGACUGAGGAGCCACGACUUCCACCGUGUGCUCACCACAGCAGUGACCUGAUCUUUUGAUGUAACAUCAACAUCAACUGCUCUGCUUUAACCUCCCAUGUACUGUUUUUUUGUUUCGAUGCCUUGCAGGAAGAUGGAAAUACAGAUCGCACACAAAACUUGUUCCAAUUCUCCAAACCCACAUGCAAAUUUGAUAAGAUUGAAUGAAGAGUUUGAGAGACACUCUUACAUUUAUUGUAUGCUUUUGAUGUGUCGUCUGUUGCUCAUGUCUCCUCGUGUACAUUAAAGUUGUCUUUGAAGGUUA